UGAUUUUCCUCCCCUUUAUAAACUCCAGGGCAGGCCUGGGGUCCCAGCGAGUCAAGAGCAGAGAGCCCAGGAGUACUCAGGCCAGCUCUGCCCUCACACCUGCAAGAUGAAGGUCUCUGCAGCUAUCCUCCCCUUCCUCAUCCUUGCUGCUGCCCUUGGACGCCUGGCCCGUGGAUCGCCGGCCCGUGAACUCGGAUCAGCCAUGCAUGAGCAGGAUGAUUCCAGGAUACAGCAUGCAGGUGUGCACCGUCCCACUGACUGCUGCUCCUCCUACACCACACGAAGGAUCCGAUGUAAAAUCAUGAAGGAUUAUUUUCUAACAACCAUUGGGUGCUCCCAGGCUGCUGUCAUUUUCAAAACCAGGGGUGGGCAGGAGGUCUGUUUCCACCCCGGUGCUGAGGGAGUCCAGGAAUGCAUUACGAAGUUGGCCUCAGCCAACACCGAGAAAACGGCCGGUGAGAAGAAGCUGUACUAGAUGCCACGAGCCCACCUCCACUCUCCCACCUUCGGGGAGUUUCUUGGCCUGAAUUCUCUUGUCUAAAGCAACAACUAUGUUCUGUUCUGGUUGUAAAAACUGUGCACCAAUAAAAAGUACCCAAUUUGACUGCA